CACACAUCGAAGCACUCAAAUUCGCACCUCGAUUGUCCUCACUCGCCUUCGUUCAUCUCUCUACACUAAUUCUCAAUCUCAUCUCUUCACCGAUACCUCAGGGCCAACCUCAAGACUCGACUGCUACUCACAGCUUCUGCUCCUUCUUCAAGAUGGUCAGCAACAAACUAAACGCUGCAGGCAUGGCUCCUGAGCAUUCGAUGGUCCUGCCCGAGAGGGAGGCCAGCCAGGAGGAACAGAUGGUCCUCGCAGCCCUCGUCGAGCUCUAUGCUUCCCCAAAUCCGAACGAAGCCCAGGCCCUAAGCGUCUUCGCUUCGGACGUCAUCUACUCCUCACCCCGUGGUGACGUCUUCGUAGGUCAUCAAGGCCUGUCCAAGCUCCUUGCAUCGCGCUCUUCGGCCCGGAAAGUGCAGCAUCGCCUUCUCGCCACGCCCGAGACUCUGCCCGCAAACACGAUGGUCGUGGACCAGAUCGUGGCCGCCGCUCCGUCAACUGCCCAGUCCUUCGGUGAGGCUGCGUCGGCCAUGGGCGGCGAGGAGACCUCAACAAAGAGGAGUCUGCUGGUGCUCAAGAGACGUGAGGAUGGCAUGGUCUCGAGCUUGACUGAGGAGGAAGGGCACAGGAGGGCCACCGCCCCUCUGGCCGCUCGAGCUGCUUCGGCCUCAAACUUCUACUCGCCGACCGACUCGAUGGUCUCACCUUGCACGUCGAAGCUCAACUUGGCCAAGCGCAAGCACCACAACAAGGCCAAGCCGAUGAACCUUUUUGCGAGUCACGUAGCCUCGGCCAACUCGAGGACGGCCCCGACCUCGUCAGCGGCAAUGGACUUUUGAGCAUACGAAUGAAGGCCCAUCCUUGCUGUCAAGGACUUCAUCCUCUGCUUCUCAGCAUCUCGCUUUGAUUUCGCUUUCUGUACCAUAGACACUACCAUUAUCACCAUUCUGCGCCGAGUUGCUUCUAGUUGAUACAUUUGCCUCU